AGUCGCGAUCAAAUACUGAACGGACGCAGAUCACGAUCCACGCAAUACUUGGACGCGUGUAUAAUAAACUUAUAGCCCGGGAGGUUGGUAAAAGUAGUGAAAAGGGGCCGCAAAUUUUCAGUGAACUUUCGGACGGUGCAAGCACCACCUAGUCUCGCGAUAUCUCCCAUUCGCCACGCUGACCGCAUGUCGAAACCGUAACUGCACAAGCAAAACCAUUUAAUUGAUCGAACAAAUCGAUCCGAUUGAUCUGACUGACUGGUACUUUCACGCCAUGGCCGACUACAGCAUCCGAACACGGCAAGAAAGCACCGAGAGUCUGGACUCAGCCUCCUCCGUGGUCACUAGUGAGGAAUACUCCGAUGAUGAGAAGGAGAAGCAUAGAUACGACAUAGAGGACUUCACCAUUAUCAAGACCAUAGGAACUGGUACUUUUGGCAGAGUAGUCCUCUGUAAAAACAAAGAAACCGAUGAGUACGGUGCCAUGAAAAUUUUGUGUCUAUCCGAUAUCAUAAGACUGAAACAAGUAGAACAUGUGAAGAAUGAAAAGAAUAUAUUACAAGAAAUAAGACAUCCAUUUAUAGUGAACAUGUUGUGGUGCGAUAGAGACGAGGCCUGCAUCUUCAUGCUCUUCGACUAUGUGUGCGGCGGCGAACUAUUUUCCUACCUGCGCAACGCAGGCAGAUUCACCAGCUCGACCGGCACCUUCUACAGCGCCGAGAUCGUCUCCGCGUUGGAAUACCUGCACUCGAAGAGCAUCGUCUACAGGGACCUGAAGCCCGAAAACCUUCUGCUGGACAGGGAGGGCCACCUGAAGAUCACCGACUUCGGGUUCGCGAAGAAGCUGACGGACAGGACGUGGACGCUGUGCGGGACGCCGGAAUAUCUGGCGCCCGAGAUCAUACAGAGCAAGGGACACAACAAGGCCGUCGAUUGGUGGGCACUAGGUGUCCUCAUAUACGAAAUGCUUGUUGGCUACCCACCCUUCUACGACGACAAUCCCUUCGGGAUCUACGAGAAAAUACUCAGUGGAAAGAUCGAAUGGCCCAAACAUCUCGACACGGUGGCCAAAGAUCUCAUCAAAAAACUACUCGUGCAGGACCGGACUAAGAGAUUGGGCAAUAUGAAGUUUGAUUUUCAGAGUGGUGCAGAUGACAUCAAAAGGCACAGAUGGUUCAAGGGAAUUGACUGGCAUGAUGUAUAUUUACGAAAACUCGAAGCUCCAAUCGUACCAAGAAUAUUGUACGAUGGUGACUCGAGCAAUUUUGAUGAAUAUCCAGAGACAGAUUGGAAAACAUCGCGGACUCUCGAAAAAUCGGAACUGAAAUUAUUCGAGGAUUUUUGAUUAUGAGGCUUAAUUUCAGCUACAGCUAUGGAAUAUGUUCAAUUAAUCUUUCUACUCCAAUACUGAGUGAAUUUUGCAUUUUCAAACAAAGAUAGUAGCAGUAGCAAUUUCUUUCCUUAUGAAGAUUGUCAGUUAGAUACGAUAUGAUUUAGAUGAUAGAUGCUAGAAACUGAUUGUGAUAUAGAAAUAAUUUAUGCCUAAUUACUUUUUAGAAUAUUUGUACAUAGAUUUGUUAAGUUAUGUGUGAUUUGUUGGAAAUAAUGUUAUUAAUAUAAUUAUUAGAACAUGCUAUAGGUUAUAUUUUCUAAACGAAACAUAUCAGUGAUAUAGUAGAGCAUGAUCUACUACGUUCCUGUAUUAUUCGAGAAUACAAAUAAUAAAACUUUGUACGAAAUAUUAAUUGCAUGUUCAUUAAUAAUGUUUGGAAAAUAUAGAAAUGUUUCA